AUGAGCGAGAGUCUUGUGAAAGGAAAAGAUAUGGUUGAAGCUGAUCAUAACCACGAUUUGGAUAUCGAAUCUGAAACGAAGACACUCGCCAGUAAUGUGGCUCGACAGAUUCUACUAAUCUCUCGUUCUGAAUCCUCUGCUGAUGCUUACAAAGCCGCUGUCACAUAUCUUGAAUCGAUUAAGGCAGGUGAAGUUGGGGUUUUGUCUGAACUUUCGUUUCUUCUUGUGGAAAAAGAAUGGCCUUUGGAAGUUCGUUUGUAUGCCUCUAAAAUGCUACAGGAUUUGGUUAGACUGCGUUGGGAUGAAAUGAGCCCCACCGAGCACAUGGAUAUUAGUGGUGCCUCCUUUGAACUGAUGUCUGAGGUAGCCAAUCCAUGCGAAGAAUGUGCGAUGAAAAGUGAAACAGUCGCUCUGGUAGCUGAGAUAUUUGAAAGGGACGAUCCAAAGAUGUGGCAGGAGUUGUUUCUCUCACUAGUGUCCCUGUCCUCCCGAGGCCCUUUACAGGCAGAAUUGACUUUAUGGGUGGUGGAACGACUUUCUGAACAUCAUAGUAAGGAGUUGGAAGACAAGAAGCAUAGGCAUCUAUUGCAGAGGCUUCCUGAUAUUCUGGUUUGGUUGCAUGAUCUUCUUGAAGAACACUUUGGUGCUGCAAGGAACGCAGAAGGGCGACAGAAGGUUGAGUUGGAAAAUCAGCAUUCAGCUGCAGUUGUUGCUUGCUUGAAUGCCAUCAACUCAUUCACCGAAUGGGCUCCCGUUCUAGAUCUUGUCGAAUACAGAAUUGUUGACCAGUGUAAAUCCUUGCUUUCUACUACUGACUUCUGCCAUCUUGCUUGUAUGUUCUUCAAAGUUAUCUGUUCAAGAAAAAGACCCACUGAUGCUUCUGGUGCUGAGUUUGAUUCUGCAAUAAGCCACGUGUUUCCGAUUUUGACAAGCUUCUCCGGAGAACUGUUAUGCAGACUGAAAUCAAGUUCUGGGGAUAUAAAUGGAAGUGAAUACGACUUUGCUGAACGUAUCUGUAAAAUUAUGGUCUCUCUAGGCUCCACAGGUUUACAGUGCAUCUUCACAGAUAACAGUGCCAUAGCUCUUUAUCUGAAACAGAUGCUUGGGUUUUUCCAACAUUAUAAGUUUGGUCUCCACGUUGAGUCACUGUUCUUCUGGCUGGCGUUGAUGGAGUAUUUAAUCUCAGACCCCAUGGCUCCUAAACCAAGUAGAAAGGGAUCAACAAGUGAGAUUGACAAUAGUUCUGGGCACCUAGAUGACGGAAGAAGGAUGCUUUUACGCCUUAUUGAUGAUGAUAUCGCCAGCACAAUUCUGGAUGUUUCAUUCCAACGAUUGAAUAAGAACGAGGAAGCCCCUCCUGGAACAAACCUUUCCCUUGAGCCAUCAAAGUAUAAAGAUGUGGAAUUUUGCAAGUACCAGCAAAGGCUCUUUGGUUUGAUCAAACUCAUCUCUUCUCACAAGCCCAUCAUUGCCAGUACAAAAGUAUCCUCCACAACGAUCAUGCUUAUUAAGAACAUAUCGGUUCCUUCAGCGCCUUUACAGUAUGCAGCUGCUAUGAAGAGCCAGAGUACUGCUCUGGAAAGUAUUCUGCGUAGACUUUUCUGUGGAUCUAAUGAGUUCGCUGGUGGUAAUUCUGAAGUUCAUUCUCAACUCCACGUGAUAUAUGAGGACUUGCUUCAGGAGCUUCUUUAUGUAAAAUGGACUGAACCAGUUCUUAUUCAAGCGCACGGCGACUAUCUAAACGCAAUGAUUCCUUUCCUCAAGUAUUUGCCAGAUGCGGUUGGAAGUGUUAUCGACAAAUUGUUUGCACUUCUUACCUCUCUUCCACCUACAUUUAAAGCUGCAAGAUUAAACAUCUGUUCAUCUUUGAUGCGUGUAGCCAAAGCUGCUGACAAAAGCUUUAUUCCUCACUUGAAGGGUCUAGCUGAUAGAAUGACACGUUUGCAAAGAGAAGGAACUUUGCUCCCUGGUGAGCAUAGUAGUCUCGUGGAAGCAUUUUUUGCUAUGACUUCUGCGUCAGGAGCUCAAGGGCAGCAAGAUAGUUCUACGUUGUUAAUAGAACAAGUGCGCCAACAGUGGACUGAAGCAGAGUGGCAAAAGGAAUAUAUAUCUAGUCCCUCUGGCUUUGUUCGUUUAUGCUCCAAUCCGCCCUUAAUGCGGUUUGUUGUCAACACAGUCAUGGUCUUUGAGAACGCUCUCAAGGGAUACAGAUUCAAGAAAAGGAAGUUGAACAGGAUCUCUGAGAUGAAUCAUCCUCUGGCUUGUCACCUUUCAUGGAUACUACCACCCCUAAAAGUGUUUCGUGUUAUCAAUUCUCUGUCGUCUCCUGCUGUGUAUCAAACUUUACCCCCAAAUCUCAAAGCAGCAAUGAAGAUAUUGCAAGUCGAGUUACAGAGCCUCCAAGGAUUCCGAAACCGUAAACCAGCAAAGGGCUUGUUUACUUAUUCUAGUGAAGGAAGCUCAUCUGAUAUUCAGAAAUGGCUGAAAGCUUUUCGUGAUAGCGGAUAUCGUGUCUUGCAACUCUCUGUAACCAUUGGAGACACGUUCUACACAUCCAUUGAUGCUAAUUACGUUGCGGUGGCACUCACGGAGAAUAUUUGGUGGAUGGAAUUCAGACAUAUCAAGCAGCUUAUCAAUGCCUUAGUAAUUUAUCUUGUCAAAUCCUGCCCUGCAGAUAAGUGGGAGUCAUGGCUUGAAAUGCUUCUAAGCCCUUUACUGACACAUUGUCAGCGAGCUCUUAGCUCCUCGUGGACUAGUUUUCUGCGUGAUGGCAGAGCCAACGUUCCAGAUUUGCUCAGUUUUGAAGGUGGAAAGAACAUCAAACCCAAGCUGGAAGAAAAACUGAUCAUAGGUUUAACUCGGGCCGUUGCGGAUUUGCUUUCAAAGAUGUCUGCUCCCGAAUUAAACACAGGGCUUCCUGAUUUGAACCACUCAGACCGACUUGUUCAUGGUGAAAUGUCUCUUCUCAAGGAUUUUGAUGCACUAAGAUCUAGCUGUUUGGUGAGCUUCCUCUUGAGUUGCAGAAACUUGGCGCAGCCAGUGUUGCAGUUUUGUUUACAAGCCUGCACCUGGACAGACGGUGUUAUUACAAUUACCAGUCUCCGUAGUUUUCUCAUUAGCGUUAUUCAUCUAGCCAUAAUGACGAACAACGGAGAGCUUGGAGAAUAUGUUUCAAAAGAUUUGUUUUAUGCACUCAUCAUGAGCUUGACCAUAGGUGAAAAUCUGAAAAACAGUUCCGUAAUUUCCAUAUUAGUUGGUCUGUGCCAUGAGAUAUUUGUUCAUCUUUCCGAGAGGCACCAAGCUCCACGACAGGUGUUGCUGUCAUUCCCUCGUCUCUCUCUCGAUGAUCUGCAUGCUUAUGAAAAAGCUUUGGCAGAAACUUCUGAAACCAAAAGACAGAAGCAGCUUACGAGAAGCCUCUUGUCAUUAGCUAUUGGAAUUAGCUUAGAAUACACUAACUGA